AUGGUUGGGACUACAAAGCUUCUGGCUGUCCUUCCCCUUGUGGUGGAAGUUGCGAAAGCUGCUGUAUUGGAACAUUGGUGGAAUAUAAGCUACGCUACUGCAAAUCCUGACGGACUAUAUGAGAGAAGGGUGAUAGGUGUGAAUGGAACAUGGCCUCCACCGCCGAUAACAGCAACUCAAGGGGACAUUAUCCGGGUACAUGUACAUAAUGGGUUAGGCGAUCCAGAUGUCGGAACAGCUCUGCACAGUCAUGGAAUGAUGUUCAACAAUUCAAAUUGGUAUGAUGGAGCUGUGGGGAUUACUCAGUGUUCAAUACCGAUGGAUCAUACUUUAGAUUAUGAAAUCGAUACCAGCAUACAAACUGGAACAUAUUGGUUCCACGGACAUUAUUUAGGUCAAUACGUGGAUGGAUUAAGGUCUCCUCUUAUCAUUGAACCUCGAAAUGCGACUGGCAGAUCGGAUGAUCUGAGCUGGGACGAAGAAUUUACCCUAGUCGUUUCAGAUUGGUACCAUCGACAGCACCUUGAUUUACUAACGAACGACUUCUUGACUUGGCAUAAUCCUACGGGUGCCGAACCUGUUCCUGACUCCGCUCUCAUCUACCUGGUCAAAAAUGGCCAGUACUACCCUUCCCCAGAAGCUGUCGCAUCAGGUGCUGCUACCAAUGACAACCUCAGCAUACCGUUCGAAGCUGGAAAGAAAUACAAGAUGAGAGUCAUCAACAUGUCUGCAUUAGCUAUGUUCCUUAUCGCUAUCGAUCAACAUGAUAUGAAAAUCAUCGAGGUUGACGGUGUAGAGGUCGAACCUUACCCGAUUGAUGUUCUCACCAUCUCAGUCGCUCAAAGAUAUUCUGUCAUCAUAGAGGCUAAAGAAGGUGCGGAUAUCAAUUAUGCUAUGGCUGUCAUGCAAAGUGAAGAAAUGUACGAUUACAUACCUGAUGAGCUUGUCCUCAAUAACACCAUUCAAAUCACCUACAAUUCCGACGCACCUCCAGCACCAGAAGCCUUAUACGACGAAACUUUGGAUUUAGAUGAUACUGAGCUUGUUCCUCUCUUAAAAAGAGAAAUGGCACCUGCGGACAUCGAGUUUGUUCUACAUGCCAACUUCGAUACAUAUGAUGACGGAACGAAUCGAGGUAACUUCAAUAAUAUAACUUUCCAAGAACCCAAAACACCAUCAAUCUUCACAGCCUUGACAAUGGGGAAUGAUUCGUUCAGAUCGGAUGUAUAUGGCAAAAUGACCAACGCUAUUGCUUAUCCUCAUAUGGCAAAUAUCCAACUAACGGUAUUCAAUUGGGAUUCUGGACCUCAUCCUUUCCACUUCCACGGACAUGAAUUCCAGAUAGUACAAAAAUCGAUGGAUAUCACGUCAGACGAUCCUCAAGAUAACCCACCUUUCGUGGAAGAUCAGAAGAAUCCAGCUAGAAGAGAUACAGUGACCAUUCCAGGCGGUGGAAAAGUCGUUCUUAGAUGGAGAGCUGAUAAUCCAGGAGCUUGGUUCUUCCAUUGUCAUGUCGACUGGCAUUUGUCUUCUGGUCUGGCGGUGGUGUUCAUCGAGGCUCCGGAGAAAUUACAAGAAAACAAUAGCAUCCCUCAACCGUUGAUUGAUCAGUGCAAAUAUUGGGGACUUCCAACUUCAGGUAAUGUUGUUGGAAUCAACUCAACAACCGAUUACAUGGGUCAACCAUGGGGACCCUUCCCUCUAGUCAUCGGAUGGACACCGAAAGCUAUCUUAUCGAUUUUAGCAUGUACUGUCACUGCUUUGAUCGGUGCAUUCACGGUCAUCUGGUAUGGAAAGGAUGAACUUGGUUCAAAAGACAUCGAGGAAGAGAUCAAAAAGAAGUUGGAAGCCAAAAAAGCGAAAAAGGGGUUUAUCAAACGGAUAUCAGGACAAUCAUAA